CAGAGGGAUCCGGGCAGCGCGAGCUCCCGGGCCAGCGUUCGGCGCUGGAACGUUGUAUAAUCUUCCAUCCGGAGCGUGUCCCCGCCCCCGACACACACAGUGGGGGGGAAGAGGACGGAGCUUUCCGUCCCAGCGGCUCUCACACUGCUUCACACAAACUAACAUGGAGCCUGUUCACAGAGAGGAUAAACCAAACCCACUGGCAACCGCCAAUAUCUUUUCCAGUGUGUUUUUCUGUUGGUUAAAUCCAUUGUUUCGAAUUGGAUACAAAAGGAGACUAGAGGAAAACGAUUUGUACAAAGUGCUACCAGAAGAUGGAUCUGAGAGAUUAGGAGAAGAACUGCAGAGGCACUGGGAUAAAGAAGUCCAGAAGGCAAAAAAUCAAGCUCGAAUCCCCCAUCUUACAAAAGCCAUUUUAAAAUGCUUCUGGAAAUCGUAUAUUAUUUUAGGUGCAUUCACGUUUUUAGAGGAAGUAAUAAGAGUUGCUCAACCUGUUAUGUUAGGAAAAGUUAUUAAUUAUUUUGAAAACUACAAUCCAGAAGAUACCGAGGCUUACAAAGUUGCUUUUGGCUAUGCUGCUGGAAUAUCAUUUUGUACGCUAUUUCUGGCAAUUCUACAUCAUCUAUAUUUCUUUCAUGUACAAAGAAGUGGGAUGAAGCUAAGAGUAGCAAUGUGCCAUAUGAUUUACAGAAAGGCACUUCGUCUCAGCAAUGUUGCACUGGCAAAAACAACGACAGGUCAGAUAGUAAACCUGCUAUCCAAUGACGUAAACAAGUUUGAUCAGGUAACCAUAUUCCUGCAUUUUCUAUGGGUUGGACCGUUGCAGGCAAUUGCAGUGGUAGCAUUGCUCUGGCAAGAAAUAGGACCAUCUUGCCUGGCUGGAAUGGCUGUACUUCUUAUCCUGAUGCCCACACAAACCAUUUUUGGAAAGUGGUUUUCAGUACUGAGGGGCAAAACUGCAGUGCUGACAGAUAACAGAAUUCGUACCAUGAAUGAGGUUAUAUCAGGAAUGCGAAUCAUCAAGAUGUACGCAUGGGAAAAGCCCUUUUCAAAUUUGGUUGCUCAAAUUAGAAAGAAGGAGAUUGCCAAAGUUCUGCAAAGUUCUUAUCUACGUGCCUUGAACAUGGCCUCAUUCUUUAUUGCUAGCAAGAUGAUAUUGUUUUUUACGUUCCUGGUAUACGUGCUACUUGGCAACACCAUCACAGCAAGUCGUGUGUUUGUCACAGUUUCGUUGUACAGUGCUGUGAGACUCACAGUCACCCUAUUCUUCCCAGCAGCUAUUCAGACAGCUUCUGAAGGAUUAAUCAGCAUAAGAAGGAUAAAGGGGUUCUUAAUACUCGAAGAAAUUAAAAAGCCCAAUGAAGAUGUACAUAGCUGUGAAAACAAUUAUUCAGUUCACAUACAGGAUCUCAGGUGCUUUUGGGACAAGAAUAUAGAAACUCCAUCGCUACAAAAUAUUACAUUCUCUCUCAAACCAGGGGAACUUGUGGCUGUGAUUGGGCCUGUGGGUGCUGGCAAAUCCUCCAUUCUUGCUGCAAUACUUGGAGAACUUGCAAAGGAAGAUGGUAUUCUGGACAUCAAAGGCAAAAUAGCUUAUUGUGCUCAACAGCCAUGGGUAUUUCCUGGUACAGUCCGGAGCAACAUCCUUUUUGGCAAAGAAUAUCAAAGAGCAAAAUAUGAAAAGAUCAUCACAGCUUGUGCUCUGAAGAAAGAUUUGGAACUGCUUCAGGAUGGUGACCUGACCCAGAUUGGAGACCGUGGAGUCACACUCAGUGGAGGACAAAAAGCUCGAGUGAAUUUGGCUAGAUCUGUGUAUCAGGAUGCUGAUAUCUACUUGCUUGAUGACCCCCUCAGUGCUGUUGAUGCUGAAGUUGGGAGACACCUGUUUGAACAGUGUAUAACUGGGGUUUUGAAAAAUAAGCCUCGUAUCCUGGUGACACAUCAACUUCAAUAUCUAAGUGCUGCUGACCAGAUUCUGAUCUUAAAAGAGGGCCAAGUGGUUGAAAAGGGAAAUUUCAAGCAACUAUUAAAUUCUGGAGUUGAUUUUUCUUCUCUGCUGAAACAAGAUGAAGAAGAUGAACAGACAGAUUCUCAUUCUGCCACAAAAAUAAUUAAGGAACGUACGCUUUCUGAGACCUCAAUUUUGUCCUUGGGUUCUUCAACACAAUCACAUAAAGAAGGUUCAUUUGAACCACCGGGAGAAUCCGUACUCUCGGCAGUGCCAGAGGAGAGUCGUUCCGAGGGAUCGAUUGGUUUUAAAGUUUAUAAGAAGUAUUUUCUAGCAGGAGCCAGUGGCUUUAUGAUGUUGAUUGUCAUCAUUCUCAAUUUGUUGGCACAUGUCUCUUAUAUACUUCAGGACUGGUGGCUGUCUUACUGGGCGACAAGUCAAGAGCAGUUGAAUAAUACUCAAAUAAAUGGCUCAAAUAACACAACGCAACAGCUGGAUAUUAACUUCUAUUUAGGGAUAUAUGCAGGUUUAACAAUAGCUGUGAUACUUUUUGGAACUACCAGAAGUUUGAUCAUUUUCAAAGUAUUGGUUAAAGCAUCGCAGGAGUUGCAUAACAGAAUGUUUACAUCCAUUAUAAGAGCUCCUGUUUUAUUCUUUGAUAGAAAUCCUAUUGGUCGGAUCUUGAACCGUUUUUCAAAAGACAUUGGCCACCUGGAUGACUUGCUGCCCUAUACUUGCAUGGACUUUUUACAGACUUUUCUGCAGAUUUUGGGAGUGGUAGCUGUGGCAGUAGCUAUUAUUCCUUGGAUACUUAUUCCAAUCACUCCACUUGUCAUUAUGUUCGUUUUCCUCCGGCGCUAUUUCUUGGAAACGUCACGUGACAUUAAACGCAUGGAAUCAACCACUCGAAGCCCAGUUUUCUCCCAUCUAUCUUCAUCCCUCCAAGGAAUUUGGACGAUUCGUGCCACGAAAACAGAGCCACAGUUUCAAGCAAAAUUUGAUGAACAUCAAGAUCUUCAUUCAGAGACAUGGUUUCUUUUUCUAUCCACUUCACGGUGGCUUGCUGUUCGCUUAGAUGCUCUUUGUGCAGUUUUUGUUACCGCUGUUGCUUUUGGAUCUAUUAUAAUGGCAAACCAUUUAGAUGCAGGACAAGUUGGAUUGGCUCUUUCGUAUGCUAUCACACUAAUGGGCAUGUUCCAAUGGGGAGUACGACAAAGUGCUGAAGUUGAAAAUCUGUUGACUUCAGUGGAAAGAGUACUAGACUACACUGAACUUGAAAGUGAAGCACCAUGGGAAUCUCACAAGCCCCCACCCAAUGGUUGGCCAGACCAUGGAGCUGUCAUAUUUGAAAAUGUCAACUUUGGCUACAGUCCAGAUUGUGAGCCUGUUCUAAAGGACCUGAAUCUAGCAAUCAGAUCAAAAGAAAAAGUUGGGCUUGUUGGAAGGACAGGUGCUGGGAAGAGUUCUCUAAUCUCUGCCUUGUUUCGCCUUGCUGAACCAGAAGGGAAAGUCAUGAUUGAUGGCAUUGUGACCUCAGAACUAGGUUUACAUGACCUGCGAAAUAGCAUGUCUAUCAUUCCUCAGGACCCUGUUUUAUUUACUGGUACCAUGAAGAAGAACCUGGAUCCCUUUGAUGAACACACUGAUGAAGCACUGUGGAAUGCAUUAGAAGAGGUGCAGCUAAAGGAGGUGGUUGAAGAAUUGCCAGGUAAGAUGAUGACAGAACUAGCUGAAGCUGGUUCCAAUUUCAGCGUUGGACAAAGACAACUAGUGUGCCUUGCCAGAGCAAUUCUCAGAAAAAGUAAAAUACUUAUCAUCGAUGAAGCAACGGCAAAUGUGGAUCCUCGAACGGAUGAAUUAAUUCAGAAGACAAUUCGAGAGAAGUUUGAACAGUGUACGGUGCUGACAAUUGCACAUCGGCUUAAUACUAUCAUCGACAGCGAUAGAAUUCUGGUACUGGACGCAGGAAGAGUUGCGGAGUAUGCAGAACCCUACGCUCUUCUAGAGAACAAAGAUGGUUUUUUCUACAAGAUGGUGCAACACUUGGGCAAGGCUGAAACAACUGCUUUGACCAAGAUAGCCAAAGAGAUACACCUGAAAAAGAAAUCUGCAGAGGGAACACAGACUGACCAAGUACUAGCCAAUGGUUCGGCAAUUGUAUCGCCUAACAAUAUUGUCUUUGAGACCUCACUAUGAACACAAGAAACAGUGUAAUGGAACAUCUGUACCUAACAGUAAAAACAAUGCUUAUGGCAUAAUCUUUCACAGGCAGGAUUGUUUGACCUAAAGAAACAAGAUUUGUAGAAUGGAUAAAGAUUUGCACCAAAAAAAUUUCCAUCAUUCCAUUACUGGACCUGAUUUUAUUGCUGUUUGUAGAAUUUGGCAAUAUAAAAUAUGAAUUUAAACUUGAAAUCAAACAAAGAUGUACUUAUUCUGUUGCCUAAAACGGACUCUUGUCUCCAAUAAGAUAUUAUCAGAUACACCAAACAUUUUUUUAAACCGGUGAACUGUGAAAAUUUGGGAGGGAGAGAAAUUUCCCUUUAAUAAUUGAAGUGCGUUAUGUUCAUGAUUACUUCUUAUCAUGGUGGAGUAGGUGAUCCAUGUGUAGAAUUUUCAGGGGACUACUGUUGCUGUAGUUUGAACCAACCAGCCCCCUGCCCCCAACCACAAGUUUCCUAAAUAAAUUGUCAUCAAUUUGAUACUAAAAAAGCGAACUCAUGCCCAGUUUAUUCAGUAUACCUGAUAUAUUAAUUCAGUUCACGCAGACCAUGGAUAUUGUACAAGUAGCUCACUUGAUACUUUUACCAUAUUUGCUGCUUUAGUUCAGUGAUUCACUCAUGAAAAUUAAAGACUCAAGAUGGUGUAAAGUUUAUAUUUUGUUCUUUAUUGAUGGUUUUCCUUAUACUUAAUUGUCAGAAGCAAUAAACUACUUUUGUUUAAUUGGCAAGUUAAUCGUGUAACAGGUCUACAUUUUUCAGGUUUCAUUUCAGAUGGCAAUUUAGUUGUACAUUAGUAAAUUCAAUAGUUAGAGAAAAUUCUUCUACAUUUUUAGAAGUGUCAAGACUUGGCUAAAAGUGAAAUUAACUGAAUGCACAAGGAGAGUUUUUUGAAGGAGGUUGCUCACAUGAAAAUCUUCUAAAUGCUGCUGCAAUGGAGCGACUUUAUCCGAAAUGAUGCUGGAGUAAUUAAACCUUCGAACUUUCUUUGAUUGAGUCAAAAAAUAGCACUUGUCCUCCUACUGCCAGUUAUUUCUUGAAUAUUGCAACUUGAAUUUAGUGGCAAUGCAGGGUUUUUUUUUAGAUUAUAAAUUAUAAAACACCAGUUGGACUGGUUUGUUUAACCUUCAACUGGAAGAGCUUUCUAUUUUUUGAAGUAUUCAGUGCCUUAGUACAAUAGUAAAAGUUACCAAAGUUAUUCAAAUAGAUGGGCCACAAUACUUCAUUUUAUUGUACUAAAGACCAGCAGAGAUUGUUAGGUUUUAUUAUAAGGAAAGGAAUGAGGUAAAGUAAUAACAUGCGAUAAAGAAUCUUGCCAUAAUGCUCCCUCAAGGAAUAGUUUGUUUAUUUAUCUUUAAAUAGCACCUAAUUUACUUUCAAAAAUUCCACGUUUGUGAUUUGUGCUGUUGAAGAGAGCAAAGUUAAUUUAAAAAGCUGCAUUUAUUUUGGAUGAAAUUAUAAGAGGUUUGGUUAAAUAGCAAACUGUGUUUCAACAGUUUCUGCAAUGCCUUCAAAUGACGCUAUUCCUCUGUUUAUAUAUCUAAGAGUAAUAAAUGCAUUGAAACAUUUCAAGGAAAAUGUUAUUAUGCUAAUUAAUUAAAUCCUAUUAGAAGCACAAUAGGAUGCUGAUUUAUGUGAAUGUUUAUUUUCAUUGCUCAGGGUUACCAUGAGUGCAAAGAUUAUUUUGGUUAAGAUUUCAAGACAUCGUUGAGUACAGUAACUUUGUAUGGGUUUAAACUGAUGGUGUUUAAGUCCAGCCUGAAAGAAACUAGGAGUAUGUAUAUGUAUAUUAAUAUGAACAACAACUAGUAAAGCACUGAAAAAAAUCAUCAAAGGAAUCUGUGCUUUGUCACAAGAACUAUUUUCCAAUAUAUAAAACUAAAUCUUUGUAAAUGCUGGAUUAUAUAGGUGGUUAGACUUAAGUCAGAAGCAAUCGAUCUGUGUUACUCAAAGCAACCUGCCCUGAUCUUCCAUCCAUUCACAGAUCAAAGGUUGAUUUAGCUCAGGAAAUGUGAUGUAUAUAUCUAAAUUAAAGUUGAUCCAAGAUCAUUCAUACAUGGUGCAUUUUAAACUGGAUACAAUCAAACUCCAUUUAUGUGGCCGCUGUUAGUUGAUUUUAUUGAAUUAUCCACUUUAUACAUAAAGAAGCUUAAGCUGCAAAUUAUUACCGUUUUAAAAUUGAGAAAGGAAUUAAAUACAGUUGUGAAUUUGCCUUAAUCAAAAUGGGUUACACAGAUUUCCAGAAUAACUAGUGAGUUUUGUGUUAAUGUCUGUGCGUAUAUUAAUUUUACUGUUUAUUGCUUUUGUUUGUGUGAAAUGUUUACCAUAUACCUUUGUGAUCUUUACAAAUACUUCAGUAGAAAUCCUACAGAUGCUAUGACCUAUUAGCUAACAUUUAAUAAUAUUCUGUUUCUACAUAGUGUUUUCAUGCCUUGUCAGUUAACUGGUCAUCAUUUGAUAGGUAUGAUGUAAACCAAAUGUACCUAAGACUCAAUGUCUGUCAUAACCAUUAAACUUCUAUACACUUA